AUGGAAAGAAAAAAGACGACAUGCAACCGGAUCGAUGAAGGACUGCGGAAACCCAAUGUAAUUGCGAUUAGAUGGGUGAUUAUUGUUGAGAUGGUGCUAAGAGCUAAUUUCGAUUUCAACACAGCGGAAGUUGUGAAAGUUACUGGAUCUAAUGUUGUUGUAAUAACUUGA